UAAAAAGACAACUUAAUUGUUAGAAAAUUUAAUGGAUCUUUCAUUAAAAAAAAAAAGUGUAAAAAAGCAUUAAAAAUUUAUAGUGUUAUGUUCGAAUAACUUCAGCGCCAUUCAUAACAAAACGUUCGCUUAUGUGUUCAGUGCUUGUGUCAGUCUAUAUUGGGGAUCCACGUCGUCGACAAAUAACAUCAGACGCGACGCCGUUAAGUUAGUGAUUAAAGUAGUGAUCACCGGCGGCGAAGACGACCAUACGACGAAAACGAACGUGAUAUUUAUUUAUUAAUAAUACUCCAUUAUAAAAAAUGGGGAAUACAUCGGGUAAAACAGCUCCACGAUCACGUUCCAAUAAAAAAACUGUACAUUGGAAAGCAGCUGAUAAACCCUUUCCACCUGGUCGUCCACAACUCGUAGCUGGGCCGCCAAACUUAGAUCCCGAUGUAGUCACAUUACGAUGGGACCGACCAAUAUCCGAUGGUGGGUCCCCAAUAAUUGGUUAUGUUGUUGAACAUAAACGUACAGGCUCACCACAUUGGGUACGUGCAACUCCAGGUUUAGUGGGAAAAUGUGAGUUGUCAAUGAGUGGUUUGGAGCCUGGUUGGCGGUAUCAAUUUCGAGUGAUUGCCCACAAUGCCGUGGAUGCUUCGGAACCCAGUGAAUUGUCUGAACCAUUAACAGUUACUUUGCAACGUAAUAUCAUAAUAGCACCUCGAUUUACAACACAAUUACAAGAUACAACCGCUUUGGAAAAUGAAAAAGUAGAAUUUUUAGUACAAAUGUCGGGAAUUCCAACACCCACUGUUAGUUGGUACAAAGAUGGCUUUGAGAUCUUUAGUAGUCGACGAACACGAAUUUUAACUGAGAAUGGGCAAAGCUUGUUAAUUAUUUAUCAAACGUCAUUGGUCGAUGAAGGCGAAAUUAAAUGCACAGCCACAAACAAAGCUGGUCAUGUGACCACCAAAGCUAAUUUAAAAGUUGAAGCACCACCGAGAAUUCGAUUACCUAAAAAUUAUGAAGAUGGAUUAUUAUUUGAAUUGGAUGAAAUGAUACGAUUGAAAGUUUCAGUUGCUGGAAAACCAGCACCAGAAAUUUUCUGGAGUCAUAACGGUGAAAGUAUUGCCAAUGAUCCACGUUAUGAGGUAAUAAAUGUUGAUAAAACAUCUGCUGUUAAAGUAAAAAAUGCCAAACGUGUAGAUCGUGGUGAAUAUCAAGUUAGAGCUGUAAAUAAAUUAGGUGAACAUACCGCUACAUUUUUGGUAACCGUGACAGACCGACCAACGCCACCGGGUAAAGUUACGGUUAUGUCAUUAGGUAAAUCAGCUACGUUAACUUGGAGUGCACCUGAAGACGAUGGAGGGUGUAAAAUUGGUAAUUACAUUAUUGAAUACUAUCGUGUAGGCUGGAAUGUUUGGUUAAAGGCUGGCACAAGCAGAAAACUUAGCACAACUCUAGGCGAUUUAAUUGAAGGAUCGGAAUACCGUUUUCGAAUAAAAGCAGAAAAUCCGUAUGGUAUGAGUGAUCCCAGUGAAGAAUCGGAAACAAUAUUUAUUCCAGACCCAAAAAGAGGUUUACUACAACCGCCACCACGUAGUAAAAGUAUGCCACGAGAAGUACUUGAAAAUGUUGAAGAUGUUAAACCACCAAAGAUACAAAAAACAAGUAUGUCAGUGGCAUCUUCAAAAAGUUCACUGAACAGUCGCCCGACAAGCCCAAGUCCAAAUGAACCUGUAAGACCUAGCCGUGGUAAUAAGAUGAAAACUCCAUCAAUCACGCCAGAUCCAUCUCCUAUAGCUCGACGAAGAGAUAUUCCGAUAAAUAAUCCUAUACCAAAUAAUUACUUCGAUCGAUCCUCUGUUGUGCGAGAAUUGUCCUAUGGAACUACAACAAAACCUGUCAAGAGAGAAGUAAUAAAUAAAUCACCUGAAAUAACAAUUCAAAAUGAUUCCAAAAUAGAAGCUAUGGCACUACCUCCAAAAAUUAAUAAUAAUAUAAUUCAGCCAAUUUUCAAUGAACAAAACCCAAAAAUUAACACAACCCUAGAAUCACCUCGUAAUGACGAUAUAUUGCAUGGAAGUUCUGAAUUCAUGCUAGUAUUGUUGCCAAAUAACAAUAAGUCUGCCAACAAUAGAAAAGGUGGAAGCAUAUCAAAUAUUAACAUUGAAUUUAGUGAAGGAGUAGCACCGCCAAUGUCAUUAUCAGCGCCUGAGCUAGGUUUUGAACCUCCAUUCUUAGGAUCUUUACGUUAUGCUGUAAGUUCCAGUGAAUUAUUACAUGAACGUGCUAUGAUGCGUUUUUACGAGGCAACCCAAAAUGAACAAGCUGAAACAAUGUCAAAUACAAGUCAAUUAAAACUUCAACCAAAGGAAUACGAUACAAUUAGUAUAGGAAGUCGACGCCAAUCAACAGAAAUACCUACUAUCAAAAUUGAAAGCGACGAAUUGGAAUUAUUAGAAAGGAAACAUUCACUUCGAAGAAGAUUAUCUGGUAGUGGAAUAUCCCAACAAAUGCUAUGGCAACGACGAUUAAGUUGGAAUGCCCAACAAAAGGCACAAACAAUCAGCGAACAAUCAUCAUCCGCUGAAAAUUUAAAAGAGGUUAAAAUUCAUGAGGAAAAAUUACAAGUAAAUCAAGGUCGGCUAAAAGCACCAAUGAUUCGGCAAAGAUCCGAAUCAGAAGAAAUGGAAGAACAACUAUUUGAACAAGUUCGAGCAAAAAUGACCAAGCAAAAUAGUCAAGAGGAGAAGAAGAAAAUUGAUAUAGCCCCCGAAGAUAAAUGGGAAGAAGAAGAAGUAAUAGAAACAGAAGAACCCGAAGAAGAUAUUGAAGAUGAAGAAUCAUCUGACGACGAUCGACCAUGGUUGAGAGAAGAAGAGCAUACAGAAAUCAUUGCGCCUCAAGAAGAGGAAACAUAUCAUCCAAGAUUAAUGAUUUCUCAACCAGUGGUGCCAAAUAAAUCAGAUCCAACAGAUGUGCCAUUUGAAAUAUUGAAUAAACCGACACCAUUACCAGAUCCAAACUUUAUCCCUAAACCAAUUUUAAAGAAAAAAGAUAACUCCGAUGAACUAAGCAAAAAGAAUAUACCGGACAAACCACAACGUAAAAAUAUACCAACAAAAGAAACUGGUUUGCUUAAAAAUAUUGCUGGUUCUCUAAGUCAUUUAAGGAUUAAAAAAUCAAGUAAAGAUAAAUCCAAAGAUGACGUUAAACCACAACCUACAAUUAUUAUAACUGCAGCUGAAGCCGCACAGAUGAAACGAGCAGAAUCACGAAAAAAUUCAUUAGAAGAAACUAGAGUGGCCAUUGAUCAUUACACAGACAUUGUACGAGAAUAUGGUCAAGUUAAAAAACCACAAAAACCCUUAUAUUUGAAUACGGAGGCUUUGAAGAAAGCAGCAGAAUCACAAAACGAUGGUGAUGAGACAAAUUCCGAAGUUUCUAGUGUUUCUAGUAGACCUAUAUCACCCGUUAGUAAAUUAUCGCAAUAUUCGUCAUCUAAUAGUGUUGAUAAAAGUUUAUACAAAAAUCAAUCAAGCGAAGAAUCAAUUACAGCUAAAUUGAAACCCAUACGCAAACCAAUUGAAUCAAGUGAAGAAUCUAUUAAUAACAAGUUUAAACAACCAUCUAGACGACAAAUUAAUGAAGAAUUACUCACCAGAAAACCGAAACAAUUGAGGAAACAAAUUGAUUCUAGUGAAGAAUCAAUUAGCACAAAACUUAAACGAAAACCAAUUGAAUCUAGUGAGGAAUCGAUUAGCACAAAACUUAGAAGAAAACCAAUUGAAUCAAGUGAAGAAUCGCUUACUACAAGACUUCAACGAAACUCAUUAAACAGAAAACUAAAGAAUCCAUUAGAAUUAAGUAAACAACCACCAAAUAAUACUUCUCAAAUACGUCCACUUAAAUUAAAAGAUACACAACCAAAAGAAACCUAUUCGCCUCCAGCAUCAACCUCUAAAAGUAUACAACGUGAAAAACAAACAAGCGUAGAUAAAUUAGAACAAGAUCAAUUAAUUCAAGCAGAAAUUAAAGUUCGAUCAACUGUCAAUUAUUUAACAGACGUCGCCAUGUUUAUUGUGGCAUGUUGGUUAUAUUUAUUCCAUGAUGCAAGAUUAGCAAUACCGAUAUUAAUAUUAAUGGUUUAUAGACAACUAAGUGAUGAAUUAUCUCCAUAUAUACCAUCAUGGUUAAAGCAAAAGAAAAAUACUUAAUCAGUCUAUUAAACGUAGGAUUAAUCACUCAAUUGUUUUAAUGUUGAUGGAUUGAAAAUUCUUUAAAAACUGAACAAAAUGUCACUCACACUUCACACUUGAAGGGUAGGUAUUACAUAUUCUUAGAUGAGAAUAAUUGAAAAUCGAGAUAAAAUCGAUAAAACGAAGAACUAAUUCUUUAAGCAAAAAAUGUUCUAUAGAUAUAAUUUUUCCUUGAAAUGGCUAAUUUAUGAGAUAUAAAGAAUUUAAAUGAAAUUGAAGUGAAAAAUGGCUGAUUUUUCCAAAAUAAUUCAAAAACAUUUAUCGAAAAACUGGAAUUAUCUAAUUCGAAGGGUACUUAAAGCUAACAAAAAAGAAAAAAAAAUGACUGAAAUACAGAACUGAAACAGAACAUUUAAAAAAAAAAUCUAUUUUCUCUAAUUUACUAAAAAGUGUAUCUUGGUAAAUAGAAAUCGAAACGAUUGAGAGAUUAUGAGCUACGUUUUCGGCAAUAAAUCAUUAAAAUAUUUAUCUUAUCGUAUGUUAUUUUCCCAUAAAUAA